AUGUGUGCACUGCUCAAAGCAAAGUCAUUUGAAGGGUUCCGCUUCAAUGCGCUGCACAUAGCCGCUCGUCAUGGGAAAGUUGAUGUAGUGCAAAGAAUUCUACAUCUUGUCAAUGAUGCAACAUUCUUAGCUGAUCUCUAUGGCACCACAGAAGAUGACGCACGAUUUCGUGCUGAAAAUAUCGUUGCGUCGUAUCUGAACACUCCUGAUAAGGGAAACUGUGACACUCCUCUGCACAUUGCAGCUAAGUUCGGACAUGUAGACGUUGUUAGAGCACUUGUAGAUCAACCACUGAUGGACAAACAUUUCUUGAAUAAAGAGGGUCAGACCGCCUUGGAAGUUGCUUGUGCUCGCUACACCGGUAGCGAUAAGCGAGAACGUAAGGCUGAAAUGGAGCUGCUCUUAGGCGGCUUUUUCGUUAGCCUUUACCGCUCUGCAGAUAAUAGCACAACACCCAAGAUUGUGCAGUCAGAAAGGUUUCCCGAGCCGACAUUAUGUAAUGAUACUCAGAUUUGUUCGCCAAUUCUGCCAGAUUAUAAAUUGGCCGCUUACGCUGGUCCCUUCGGUAACAAAACGAAAGCAGAAGUGUUUUUUAAUGCUUGGGUUAACUCUGAGAAGCAUUUGAAGCUCAUUGAUACGGAUAAGGGUUACGAGCGAAUUGGACGUGAAUUGAGCACGAAACAUAAAGUAAAAUGGGCAGAGUCUUGGUGUUUCUUGAAUAGACUGAUUGAUCUGCGGGCGCCAGAAGGACUGGCGCUUUUGAACGAUUAUCUGGGAGGAGUGCGAAGGAGAGAAUCGACAUCUCCAAUUCACGCUGAUCAACUUCGGAAGAAGCUUGAUUUCGAUGACGAAGAUGAUAGCCCAGACCUUUCAACGUGUCUAACUCCAGCUGAAGAUGAACGAAGUGAUGAUGAAGGAGAGGAAUUCGAAGAUGCUAGUGAAACAAUGGACGAAAAUGUCCUCAACGAUUCUUUAGCAAGCCUUACAGACCGUCUUGGUGCGCUUUCUUUGCGCUCACCCAGCACUCCAGCCACAAACAUUGAAGAGAGGCUUCCUCCGCAAGACUUGGAAGAGUUUUUCACACCUCCAGCGACUCCUCCGCCAGUGUUCCUUUUGGAAUACCCUACAAAAGUGGACAAUGAUGUGAUGACUGCUUUGAGUGAUGUCCCGCAAGAACAGAUGAAUCAGUUUUCUCACGUGCGAUUAUUUAUGGAGAAGUUGAACCGACUAACAAAUAAAGUGCGCUCCGAAUGGCCAGCUCUUGACUCACCGCGUCGUGCCAAAAUCUCGAGAAGAUUCCUGGAUUAA